AUGAAAAUAUUUUUAUUUUUUAAGAACAUUUUUCUUCUAAACACUAUCAUUUUCAUAUUAAACGAGUAUAUAAAAAGGAAAGACUAUGGUUUCCGUUUUUUUAUAUAUUCUUUAAAAAUAAAAAGUUCAAAAGAAGAAUUUCCAAAAAAUGUUCAUCAAAAGGCAACGAAUAAAAAAGAGGACAAGAGUGCGUAUAAAAAUGAGAUGAGAGAAAUUCCUAAUGGGAAUAAUAAUAAAAGGAAGAAUACAAAAAAUACAGAAAUUCACAAUAAGAAAAUAUUAGUAAAAGGAUUAGAAGAUACUAAUAGUCAUAUAAGUUCUGUUAGUAGUAGUAAUACUAUAAGUAGUGUUAAUAGUAAGUUAAGUGAUAAUAGUAAUGUUAGUAAUAUUCUUCCAACUAUUAAAGUAGAAAAAUUAAAAUAUAUGUAUAACCAAAGAAAUAGUGUUUUAAAAAAUGUAUCUACAGAUAAUAAAAAAGGAAAUAAUAAUAAUAUAAAAACUAAAAAAAGUAUACCUAUUAUUUAUAUACCUUUUAAUGAAAUUAAAAAUUUUCCUUAUAUAAGAGGUAGGUUAAAGUUAGUUUAUGUUAAAUCAUUUUAUGAUGAAUAUCAAAAAGAAUUAUAUGAAGCAAAAUUUCAAUUUUUUAAAAAUAAUAAAAUUUAUAUAUCAACAUUUGCAUUAGUUAAAAAUGCGCUUAGUGAAAAUAUAGAUCAAACAGAAAAAUGGGUAACUGCUGAUAUGAAAAUUUUGCAAAAAAAUUCUUAUAAUAUCUCAAUAACAUGUAAUAAUUCUCAUGAAAAACAUAUAGAAGAUAUAUCUUUUACAAAGCAAGAGAGAGAAGAAUUUGAAUUGAUAAGGAAAAGUUUAAAAAAAAAAGUUAAUAUAACUUAUGAUAAUUUUCUUUAUAAUAUAGACACUUUUUAUAAUGCUAAGAGGAAAUAUUUAGAAUAUAUUAAUUUCUUUUUUACGAAUUCUCAUAUUAAAAAUAAUACGGAUAUUAAAAAUAAUACGGAUAUUAAAAAUAAUAAGGAUAUUAAAAAUAAUACGGAUAUUAAAAAUAAUACGGAUAUUACAAAUAAUACGGAUAUUAAAAAUAAUACGGAUAUUAAAAAUAAUACGGAUAUUACAAAUAAUACGGAUAUUAAAAAUAAUACGGAUAUUACAAAUAAUACGGAUAUUAAAAAAAACAGUUCAUCAAAUAUUACUAUACAAAAAGAUAAUAUACUACUAAAAAGUUUGGCAUCGUUUAACAAAACGAAAUAUAUAUCAUUUAGAAGGAUGCAAACAAAUAAUAGAAUUGUGUGUAUGGCACUAAUUGACUCCAAAAGAUUGGAAAAUCGUUUUGUUCUGUACAACAUGUUAAGGGAUCAUAUAAUCGAGAAUGAAGAAUUUAAAGACGUUAUCAUAUUUGAAACGGAUGAUCAUAAUAUUUAUAAUUAUGAUUCGAAAUUAUCUAAGGAUAUUCGAAUUUUAAGUAAUAAAUUUGAGUUUGAAAUUUUAAUGGAUGAACAUUCUUAUAUAAAUAAACCUUAUGACUAUUUCUAUUUAAAUAAAUAUACUUCUGUACAUUUUGAAUUACAAAAUAAGGGUAUUAUAAAUUAUAAUAAUAUAUUUUCUUGGUUAUGUGUACAUUUUAUUAAUAGUCAUCGAUACAAAUAUUACUAUCCUCAUUUUUAUCUUUCUAAACGUUCUGGUAAUAGUGAUAUGGGGAUACGUAAUAUAAGUUUUUACGAGAAAAAAGAUACUUAUAGUUUUAUAGAGAAAAAUAAAAAGAAUAUAAAUAAGAAUGAUCAAGGUACAACAUAUGAUACACUUGAAAAAGAUGAUACAUAUAGGACAGAUAAAAAAAGUAAAGUGAAAGAUAUUAAUACAAUAUAUAACACCAAAUAUGAAUUGUCAAAAAAAAAUCAUUCUGAAAAUAUAAAUCACAAGAACAAUGAGAUAAGUAAUAUAUAUUCCCAUAAAAAAGAGGAAAAACAUAUGUUUAGUAAUUAUAAUAUAAGUUAUAAUAAUAUGAAAUGUAUAAAUAAACACAAUCAAUUUUCAUUUCUAGAAUUAAAAGAAAAGUUGAAAAGUGAUAAUAAAGAAAGGGAAGAUGAAAAAAAGAAAGAUGAAUCAUCUGAAAAAAAUGAAACCCAUCUAGUGAACAAUGAUGAUAAUAAUAUUGGUGAUGAUAAUUUUAAUUCUGAAGUAGACAAUGAUGAUAAUAUAUCAUAUGAUAGUAAUAUUUUUUAUGAUAUGAUUAGUGAAAUAUCUGACAAAAUUGAAAAUUCGAAUUCAUACUUAAAUGAAGAAGAUAUUGAUUGGGAUGAUGAUGUUUUUUUUGAUACUAUGGCAUAUGUAGAUGAUACUAGUAAUACUACUAGUAUCAAUACUGAUAAAAAUGGAAACAAUAAAAAAGAUGAUUCUAACGAAGACAUUAUAAGUAUACAAAAUGUAAAUGAUUCAACUGAAGUAAGUGAACCUAAGAAAAUUGAUGAUACCAAAAAAAGUGAAAGUUCCACUUUAAAUAACAUUAAGGGAUAUAUAUCAAAAUUUAAAGAUUUCUUUCAAAAUAAAUCAGAAAAUAAUAUGACCACUAAGGAUAAAACUAGUGAUGAUAAAACUAGUGAUGAUAAAAGUAGUGAUGAUAAAACUAGUGAUGAUAAAAGUAGUGAUGAUAAAACUAGUGAUGAUAAAAGUAGUGAUGAUAAAAGUAGUGAUAAUAAAAGUAGUGAUGAUAAAAGUAGUGAUGAUAAAAGUAGUGAUGAUAUUAAAUUAAAUGAAGAACAAACUUUGGGGGAUCAAAAUCAUUUAUCUCAUAAUAAUAAAGAUAAUGAGGAAAAUAUAUCCAGUCACGAUGAAUUAGAAAAAGGAAAGUUAGAUGCGAGCAACAUGAGUAAUAGUGAAGAAAAAUUGAAAGAUGAUAUUAAAAAUAAUGAAGAUGAAAAUUUAUCAGCAGAAAACGUACGAUCUGAUGAAAAUAAAAUUGAUGAUAAAACAAAAGAUGGUAAUACAACCUUAAAAACUUCUAUGGGAUACUUUACAAAAUUAAAAAGUUACGUAGAAAAGGAAGCAGAAAAUUAUAUGAACACUAAGGAUAAAAAUAGUGAUGAUAUUAAGUUAAAUAAAGAGCAAACUCCGGGGGAUCAAAAUAACCUAUCUGAUAAUAAUAAAGAUAAGGAGGAAAAUAUAUCCAGUCACCAUGAAUUAGUAAAAGAAAAAUUAGAUACAAGUAACAUGAGUGAUAGUGAAGGAAAAUUAGAUGUGAGUAACAUGAGUCAUAGUGAAGGAACAUUAGAUACUAGUAACAUGAGUGAUAGUGAAGCAAAAUUAGAUACUAGUAACAUGAGUGAUAAUAAAGCAAAAUUAGAUGCGAGUAACAUGAGUGAUAAUGAGGCAAAAUUAGAUGCGAGUAACAUGAGUGAUAGUGAAGGAAAAUUAUAUGUGAGUAACAUGAGUGAUAGUGAAGAGGGAUAUUCAUCAACAGAAAAUGUAUCGUCUGAUAAAAAUAAUAUCGAUGAUACAACAAGAAAGUGUAGUACAACUUUUAAAACUGCUAUGGGAUAUUUAACACAAUUAAAAAAUUACCUACAUCAUGAAGCAAAUUAUUUUAUGUCCCUUUAUGAUAUUAAUUUAAGUGAAGAACAAUCAUCGGGAAAUAAAAAUGAAUUAUCUGAUAAUAAUAAAGAUAAGGAUGAAACUAUAUCCAAUUACGAUACAUUAGAAAAAGGGAAGUUAGAUAAGAGUAAAAUGAGUGAUAGUGAAGAAAAAUUAGAUGUUAGUCAUGUGAAAAAUAGUGAAAAUGGGAAUUUAUCAGCAUUAAAUGUAUCAUCUGAUGAAAAUAAUAUCGAUGAUAAAACAAUAAAGUGUAGUACAACUUUAAAAACUGCUGUGGAACAUUUAACACAAUUAAAAAAUUACCUAAAUGAUGAAUCAAAUUAUUUUAUGUCCCUUUAUGAUAUGAAUUCAAAUGAAGAACAAUCUUCAGGGAAUCAAAAUCGCUUACCUGAUAAUAAUAAAUAUAGAAAAGGAUUUAUAUCUAGUCAUGAUGAAUUAGUAAAAGGAAAAUUAGAUACGAGUAACAUGAGUGAUAGUGAAGAGGAAAAUUUACCAAUAGAAAAUGUAUCAUUUGAAAAAAAAAAAAUUGAUGAUAAAUUAAAAGGUGAUUAUUUUUUAUAUGACAAAUUACCCGAUAAUAGUAAUGUCUAUUCUCUGAAAAAAUCAAUUUCUACUGAUAAUUUAGAAAUGUAUAAAAAUUCCUCAUCUGAUGAAUAUAUAUUAGAUGAUGAACAAUCAGAAAAGGAUUCUAUAUCUACCUAUUUUGAAGAUAAUUCAUCUUAUAAUGAUAUUGGUUCAUUUUAUCAAAGAAGACCAGAGGUAUAUUUUACAAACUAUCAAAUGUCUGAUAGUGAUGAUGAAUCAUUACCUACACCCCAAGUUAGUGAUCUAUUAGCUUUAAAAGAAAAACAGAAACAUGAAGAAAUAUCACCUUCUGAUGAAAAGUUACCAUCUGAUGCAAGUUCCACACUUAGUAACAUAUCAGACGUACAUUCAGAACACCUAAUUAGUCAAAAUGAUAAACUUUCCCAAGAUCCAACGAUUCAAAGUAGUAUUAAUUUGAAUGAUAAGGAAACACAAUCUGUUGGUGAUGACAUAAAGACAUAUGAUAUUCCCCAGAAUAGUAAUAAAUCAAAUUUUGAUAUAGAUGAAGAUUUAAAUAGAUAUACAUCAUUAGGUUUCCUACCGAGAAGAAUGGUUGUAGGUUAUAUGGAACAAGAAUGGGAAGAUAUGUUUAUAUUAAAUUGGUUAUUAGGUGAUGAUAUUUUCUGUGUAAUUAAAUUAGAGUUUUUUGACGAAUCAAUUAAUAAGAAAAUAAAAAUGGAAUAUAUUAAAGUUUUAAAUGGUUUCACUUUAAUUGAUAUGAAAGAAUUGCCUAUAGUACAGAAAGGUAAAAAAGAAUUAACUGUUAAGGCAAACAUUUAUCCAUAUUAUUCAGAUAUAAGAUUUUUUUAUCAUAACGACAACAGUGAUAAUUCUCAUGUUGAUCCUUAUAAUAAUCGAAUAUUUGAAAAUGAAUUAAAAUCUUAUUUAUUAUUAGUACACCAUUUAAUAAAUGCUAGAAAUAGUCCUUGUAGAAACUAUAAGAAUGCAAAAUAUUUUUAUAAUGAAGAUACUUUUAAUAUAUCUCAUAUAAAUUUUAUUAGUAAUAAAUUGUUGUCUAUUACAUACGAAUGUGCUUUAAAAGUUUUGAAUUGGGACAUUCCAUAUGGAAUUGUAAAAAAGAAUGAACAUUAUAUAAGUAAAUUUGUUUUUAAUAAUAUACAAUAUAAGUUAAAUAAAGAUAUAUAUCCUUAUGCAAUACAAAUUAAAAAACUAGAUAUAAAUAAUUCAAUAGAUUUUGCUAUGAAUAAUCGUGAAUUAAUACAAAAUUCUGUUGAUUUAAAAUAUGAUAUAUUUUUAAAAUUAAGCUCUAAAUUAUUUACUUUACAUACAUUAGGUCUUGUACACUCAAAUAUUAAAGCAGACAAUUUUUUAAUUGAUUAUUUAAAUAAUGAAUUAAAUAUAUAUUUAAAAGAUUUUAAUAGUAUAGUUGAAGAAGGAAAAUUAAAUAAUUUUAAAGGAAGUUUGGUGUAUAUGGCUCCUGAAAAAUUAAAAUCUUAUUUUUAUCAUAUCAUAAAUAAAUUGAAAAGCGAUGUUUUUUCAUUAGGUCUAAGUUUAUCAACAGUUUUAAUUAAAAAUGGUUUCUUUUUAAAAAGUGUUGCAAAAAGAAAAAUAUCAUUAUCAUUAGAUAAAUAUGCAUUAAAUAUAAUAAAAAGAAAUCCAAUGGUUUAUCUAUGGAUUAAAUCAUCUAAUCCAUUUAAAAGAAAGAGAUUUGAUAAAUCUAAACAUAGAUCAUAUAAAAAGGUAUCUGUACAUAUUAUGGAGAAAUUAUUAUCUAAUAAAUAUAUAUAUAGAUGGAUUCAUAAUAGAUGCCCUUCUUUUGAUUAUGCUCAAGCUGAAAUGCAUAUGAAACUUUUAGAAAGCCAAAUUCCUCAAACAUUCGUUAUAAAUGUAGAUAAUAUUACAGUUAAUAAAAGAGAGCUUAAUAAAAAGGUAUACAAUCCAAAUAUUCAAAAUAAAAUUACGUAUGAUAAACAUAUCGAGAAUACUAAUGUAAAUCACAAUAUUAACAUGAAUAAGAAGCAUGAAAGGGUGACCUUCAGGGAUACUUGUACUAUAAAUUAUGAUGAUAAAACAAAAAAUCAAAAAAUUUUGAAUGUUCCAUCAAACAAAAAAGACAUACAUUCAAUAGAUAAAGAAAGAAGGGAUUAUAACACUCCAUUAAAUAUGAAUAUUGCCUUAUCCUUUUCUCAAUUAUACAUAAAUUCGGAUCAUAAUGUAGAAAACAAUUCACGUGAUAAAAAAAAGAAUUUAAGUGAUAAAAAAAAAAAUGCAAGUAAUAAAAAAAAAAAUGCAAGUAAUAAAAAAAAGAAUGCAAGGAAUAAAAAAAGGAAUUCAAUUAAUAAAAAAAAGAAUUCAAGUGAUAUAAAAAAGGAUGACAAUAAAAUAAAAAAUGAUGACAAUAAUACAAAAAAUGAUGACAAUAAUAUAAAAAAGGAUGACAAUAAUAUAAAAAAGGAUGACAAUAAUAUAAAAAAGGAUGACGAUAAUAUAAAAAAUGAUGACCACAAUAUAAAAAAGGAUGACAAUAAUAUAAAAAAGGAUGACAAUAAUACAAAAAAGGAUGACAAUAAUAUAAAAAAGGAUGACAAUAAUACAAAAAAGGAUGACAAUAAUACAAAAAAGGAUGACAAUAAUAUAAAAAAUAGUGAUAAUAACAUAAAAAAUGGUGAAAAUAACAUAAAAAAUGGUGACAAUAAUAAUAUAGAAAAAACAGAACCAAUAAUAAUAAAAGGAAUAUUAAAAAAAACUUCCACCCAUAGUAAAAGUGAAAAUAAUUCAAAGGAUGUAGCAAAGCAAAACAAUAUAAAAAAAUUAAACCAGUCUUGUCAAAAUAUAAAAGAUUCAAUUAUUGGAACAAUAAUGAAAAUAUUUUCAAUUGAAUAUGAAAAAUAUAGACCUGAUAUAUUUGAUAUAUAUUCACUUAUUAAAAAAGAUGUAACAUAUAUUAAAGAUAAAGAUGAUAAUGUGAAAAAUCUUUUAAAUAUAUUACAAAAAAUUACGGAACCUGAUAUGAUAUCAAUAUUAAAUGAAAAAACAAAUGGAAGUAAUUAUAAUAUUUAUAAAAUGGUUAUACUAAAAGCUUUAUUAUUUUAUGGUUAUUUUACUCUCUAUGAAAGAUUAUCAUAUGAAUUUAAAAUAUAUGAACUUCAAAUGUUUCCAUUAAAAGAAAAUAGUGAAGAUACGUUUGAAACAGUUAUAAAGAAAUGUAUGAAUAGAUUUAAUUUUAAUGAAUGGAGUAAUUUAUUAAUAAUUCAACAUAUUUAUAAUAAUUAUGCGAGCAGAAAAAAAUAUACUGAUUUGUAUAUAAAUUUUCAUAUUAUAGAUAUUAAACUUAAUGAUAAAGCAGAAGAUAAAAUGGAGAAAAUGUAUAAUAAACAUAUGAUAGAAGUUUUUAAUGAGAUUGAUUAUAAUAUUAAUUUAAAUAAAUCUAAUAAUUUUUUAUUAUAUAUGAUAAAGGAAUCAGAAGAUAUAUCCAAUAAAUUAAAAGAAAAAAAAAAUAUGGAAACAGGAUUGAAUAAAUUUCAAAUUAAUUAUGAUGAUAUUUAUGGUAUUAAUAAUGAAAAUAACAUAUCAUUAAUUCGUAAAACAAUUUUAAAAUUAGACAAUUCUGCAAUUAGAGAUAUGAAUGUAAAUUUGGCUAUCCUAUUAAAUGAUAUGUUUUGGAAGCAUAAAAAUUUAUGUAAAGGAGUUAAUUAUAAUCAUAUGAAAGUAAAAUAUGCAGAUAAUACUAUAAAAGAAUUUAAUAUAAAGAAUCCUAUAAUAGAUUUACAUAAACCUAUAGGAAGUGUAUUAAAAGAUUUAAAAAAAGAAGAAGAUAUAAUGAUUUCAGAAGAUUAUAAACAUAUGAAUAAUACUUUAGAUUAUACAAUACCUACUAAUGUACAUUUAGAUGUUAUUCUUAAGAAUAGUCUACAUUUUGUAUAUACUAGUACUUUAAUAAAAUGUGCAGAAAAAAUUGACAAGAAAGGCACUAUAUAUGAUCCCGAUAUUACAUAUAAUAGAAAAAAAGAAACUAUUAAAAUAAAAAUAGGUAUAACUUCCAAUAGUUAUUUUUAUUUAAAAUUUUAUAUAUCAUAUUUAAGAUAUCAUGAAAUUACCCUAAAAGAUAUAAUAUAUUUUAUAUAUAGGAAUUAUAAAUCUGAACUUAAUAAAAGUGUUCAUUCAAAUAUUGAACCUAUAAGUCUUUCAUUUUUUGAUUGUUUAUUAAUUAAUGAAUAUAAUACAUUCUUUUAUAAUAACUCAACAAAGAAACUUAUUAAAGAAACAUCAUUUAAUAAAAUUAUAUCUCUACUAUAUAAUAUAAAUUUAAAUGAUCCAGAUUAUAUUAUUAAAUCUACAAUUAAUUAUUAUAAUCAUAGAGUAUCAACUGACCCUUUAAUAAGUCUAGUAACUAUAUCUGAUGCUAUUCAUGAAAAAUGGAAUGGAAGAACAAAGCAGAAAGAUUAUAUAUUACAACCAUCUAUUAAUCAUUUUGCCGAUGAAUUUAAUGAACAACCUAUUGAUAUAAGUAAAUUAAAAUUUCAAGAUCGUUCAUUAAAUAUAAAAAAAAAUAUUAAUAUGGUUAUAAUGAGAAGUAAAUAUCAAGGAUAUCAAUAUAGACUAGUUAAAUGCUUAGAUUUUUUACAUAAAAAAGUUAUUAUGUAUCAUUCGGAUCAACAUACAACAAACGUGUUUGAUCAAAUAAUAAUACCAUCCGUUUUUGUACAUUUAAAAAAUGAUGACAUUUUACAAUUUAAUAAAAAAGAAUCUUCAGGAAUUAAAAAAAUAAAAUUUAAUAUUAUAACUGAUAUAAUGAAUUUACAAACAUAUGAAAAUCAAAUUUCUACAUUAACUGACCUUAUGUAUCUAAUAAUAAGAUGGUUAGAAACACAAAUACCAUUUGACGAUAGAAAUGAUUGUACAUUUUUAACUGACCGAGGACAAAUAUUCCAAUAUGAUCUGGUGUUAAAAAUAGGAACAAAAAAAAAUAAAAUAAAUAUUUUAUAUAAAAAUAAUGAAGGAGUAAUCAAAUUUAUAUUUCAAAAUAUUUUAAAAAAUCAUCAAGUAAAUCUAUAUACAUCAGAAUUUUUAAUGUCAGCAAUUAAACAAAACAAUUUGGUAUUAUAUUUUGUGUUAAAGGAUGAAUUAAAGUAUAUAUUUCCUGACAUAAGUGAAGGGAAAUAUUUUAAUUUAAAGGAAUCCAAUAAUAAAAUUAUUAACUGCUUAAAAUGCUUAGACGGUAAAAAUGUUAAACUACUAGAGAAUAACAUUUAUGAUGAUUCAUAUGUUCCUAUAAAAGUAAAAUUCCUGGACGUUACUUUUAUAUACAGAAUAACAAAAGAUAGUUUUAAAAAUAUAAUAUAUAAAUUUAGUAAUUAUGAAGUUUUAAAACAUUAUGGUAAACAAUUAUAUACUCCUUUUAUAUCCCCCAUAAAUGAUAUUGAAAAUAAAUUUAGAUAUUUAUUUUUAAGAGAUUUAAGUUAUUAUAUAAAUAUUCCAAGAAAUGUAAAAAAAGAUAAACAUGAUUUUAUGGUCUCUAUGGAUUCAAAUGUGUAUAAUACAUUAAACGAAAAACAUAAAAUUUAUAUGAAUAAUUAUUCUUCAAUGAUUGAAAAUAUGAUAACUUAUAUGAACGUGACAUAUACUGAACCCGUGUUUAUUUUCCAUGUUGUAAAACGUGCUAUUUUGGGCUCAAAAAUACGGUCAAUACUUAGGGGGAUGAAAUAUAUCAUAACUAGUUAA